CCGCGGUGUUGUUGACUUCAUGAAGUUCACGAAGGUUCUGAUAGCUCGGACAGUACAAAACGGUAGAAAAGGUAACAUACAGUUGUUAAGAGUCCCAUCUCCUGGGAUAUAACGCCGUAUAGUCCGUUGUAAGGCAAGAGACAUCUCAGAUCAGAGGAACAUGUCGCUUCAGUCAACAGUGUCGAAGAAUAAUCCGAGCAACAAGCCAGCAUGAAUGUACCAAGAGACCGUUUGAGUGAUUGUAUGGUCUAUUAGUGAAAUGUGGGCGGAUUCCUAGUAUUUGUUGUAUGCCGGUUUGGUUCAAUCUGCAAGACCUUCACCUCAUUUCAGCAUAUUCUGUGGUCUUCUGCUAUUUCCUGCUAUAAAAAUGGUAGUAUCAUUGGCAAAGAACGUAGGUUUCCCAUGUUCUGUGCUGGCCUUCAGGUCGUUUGUGUAUAACAGAAACAACACUGGUCCAAGAACAGAACCUUGUGGGACGCCAUAGGUGAUGGGUCUCUUUCAGGAUAGGUAACAAGUUUCAUUUAUAAGGGUGAAUCAUUGCCAUGUCUCUUCAGGAGAAUGUCACAGAAGAAGAUCUGAUGCUCAACAUUUUAAUUGAUGAAGGUAUUGAAUUAGACGCCCCAGCAAAAAGUCAUUGUUCACAGAAACGAAAAGCAGCUGAUCUGGAGUGUGAGGAUAAUUUGAAGGAGAAAAGAAGUUUGGAGAGGGAUUCAGAGUCCGCAAAUAGGUAUAGAAGAAAGAGAAGGAGCAAGAAACAUCUUCAUGUACGUGACUUGGGAGGAAAAGCUAUGAUUCCCAGACCAAAUUAUUUUGUGGGAAUUCAAGUUUCAAAUCCUGAGAUCCAUCAUGUGGUAAAAAGAAUACAAGAGGCAAUACUUCGCAAAGAGCCAGCUCUGUGUACUGCAGUGGUACCAGUGCCCACGCUUCACAUAACAUUAGCUGUGGCACACUUACCAGAUAUAGAAUAUAUUGGCAGGGCUGCUGAGGUGGUAGACAAGUGUGGCUCUAUCCACAGAGAAUUCUUCAAUAAGUCUGCUUCUUUGCAUUUCAGUGGUCUGAAGACAUUUUCAAAUGAGCAGGUUCUGUUUGCUGGCAUCCAGGAAAGUGAGGUACUAGAGGAGGUGCAGAUGAUGGCCAAUGAUCUAGAGAUUUCAUUUCAGGAACUGACAGGGUUACCCACAAAGAAAGGAUUUAAACCUCAUUUGACAAUUCUAAAAUUGUCCAAGGAUUUUAAACUUAGACGAAAGGGUAUGUCAAAAAUUUCCAGCACUUUGUAUUCAGACAUGUCUGACACGGUAUUUGGCUGUCAGAUUGUACGAGGUAUUCAGCUGUUAUCCAUGAACAAACCAAAGGAUGGGAAUGGCUAUUACUACUGUAGUCACCAGCUUGCUUUUGAUGUGCCUCACUCUGAAGCAGAUGACCAUUCUGAAUGCUGUAGGAAACCUUUGUCGGUGAAACCAAAUCUUGAGAAAGUAUCACAAUUGCAAUGCAUCAUGAAACAUGAGAAAGAUGUGAUUAAACGGAAGUUCCAUUCCUUGAGUCUGGCAAGUCUAUCCUCUGUGUUUGGGAAGGCAAAUGAGCCCUCAUGCAAAACAGAUGACAGUGAUUCACUGUUAAAGACUCUACUUGUAGUCAGUUUUGCAACUGUUGCCAUCAUAGCAGCUGUACAAGGGAUGUCAUCCAGCAAAUGAGUAUUAGUAUCAGAUCAGUGGUGUAAUGUUGGAGUGGAAAGGUGCCACAUAUGGGCCCUUUUUUUUUGUAAAUAGUUACUUUUUCUGCAUUAAUAACAGUUUAUAAAAUAUAAAACUUUACACUAA